UUUCCACACAUGCAUCUUAAACAAUAUGCAGACCAAGAUUUCAUCGAUAUCUCGGUGAUCGAUGGAUUCAAAAUUCCAAUGGAGUUCAGUUCUGCAUCUGGACAGUUUAGCCGCAAAAUUAGGUGUACCGGAGAUAUCAUAGCACAAUGCCCUAGCCAGCUAAGGAUGGACGGUGCUUGCAACGGACCGUGUCUG